CACCCAACUUCACGUCUUCCUCCAAAUUUUAAAAAAAAAAAAAAAACAGAGAAACACAAGAAAAGCGAUAAAAAGCACUGAAACAAAACAUAUUUUCCUCUUUCUCUUUUCCUCUCCCAGUCGGAAAUAUAUAAUUUUUUCUUCUUUUUAAAAAAAAAAAAAAAAAAGAGUAAGUUGAGAAUAUUCCUCUUCUUCCACGCAACCCAACCUCCUUUCUUGGGUCUUUCUCUGGUUUUGAUCGAAAUUUUUAUCUCCAAUUUGGAUUCAAACCCUUUAUCACUCAGUCUCUCAUCGUCUAAGAUCUUCGGUUUCGGAGCUGAAAUCGUUAGUGGGUAUCUCCAAAACUCGCAGAUUUUCGGCUUACUUUCUUUCUUGUCGGCGAAGUGAUUGAUUCACGCCUCUUGUUUUUUUGCUUCGUUGGAGAGAUUCGCUUCGAAUUUUUAUGGUUUGGUUUGGGGAAUGGACUGGCUGUAUUUGACCACAGUCAGUCUUUGUAAAUGAUGUUCAACGGGUCAAAGGGUGCCAAUUCUCGCGGCAUAUUUAAGUGGAAGUGGCAUGGACAAUCAUCAUUGUCAGAAGGAUUACUUAAGGAUGUGCCUCCUGAAAUUGAACUUUCUGACUACGGAAGGAUACUAUCGAGUCCCGGUAGUGAGAGCCCUUCGGGGCUUCUCAAUGGCGAGAGUUUGAAUGUGGAACCGAUUGCUGAUCUGGAUCUGUUCUUUGAAAGGCUCUACAGCUACUACUGCGAGAAAGGGCUUUGGUGUAUUAUCAUAAAAUGGAUAGUUGAGCUUCUCAGCUUGGGUUUCACCAUUUGUUUCUCAGGGUUUUUCUUGUUGUAUGUCGAUUGGAACGGUCUUCGUAAUGCCAAAUGCGGGAUAAAUGCGGUUGAGUCUGGAAUUAAGCCCUGUGAUCUUGCCAAGGAAGCACUUCAUUCGCACCCACUAACCCCUUUAACACUUUCAAAAGCCAUCAUUGUGGUUUAUUUGGGUAUAUUUUCCAUUUAUUGGGUCUUUUGCUUUUUGAGAUUUUUUGCUCAGUUAAAUGAAACCCUCGGAAUCCGUCACUUCUAUUACAACAGUCUUCAUGUUACAGACAAUGAAAUUCAAACCAUGCCGUGGGCAACCAUUCUUGAAAAAGUUGUGCAGUUACAGAAUUCAGAACGGCUUUGUGUGGUUAAGAAUCUCUCUGCUCAUGAUGUGGUGAUGCGGCUUAUGCGAAAGGAAAACUACUUGAUUGGUAUGCUCAACAAGGGACUGCUUGCAUUUCCUAUCUCGCAGUGGGUGCCGGGGGCGGGUCCAACUGUCAAAUUUCGCUCAAAUGGAAAGAGGCAUCGUCUCAUACUGACCAAGACCCUCGAGUGGACCUUGAAUUGGUGCAUCUUGCAGAGCAUGUUUGAUCGAAACUUCUGUGUUAGAAGGGAUUUCAUAUCUAAUCCAAGAACCUUAAGGAAAAGGUUGAUGGUAGUAGGUCUCACUAUGCUAGUUCUUUCACCAUUUAUUGUCAUUUUCAUGCUGGUGUAUCUCUUCUUGAGGCAUGCUGAGCAGUUCUAUAACCAUCCAAGCACAGCAUCAUCUCGGAGAUGGUCAAAUUUGUCAAAGUGGAUUUUAAGGGAAUUCAAUGAGGUGGACCAUUUCUUCAAGCAUCGAAUCAAUAGCAGUGUUAUACUCGCAUCAAAUUACUUGAAGCAAUUUCCUUCUCCCAUCAUUUCUAUUAUUGCCAAGUUCAUAUCUUUUGUUUCUGGUGGCUUUGCUGCUAUUCUGAUCAUCAUCGCAUUUCUUGAGGAAUCCCUACUGGAGGGUCAUAUAUUUGGUCGCAACUUGUUCUGGUAUGCUGCUGUUUUUGGAACUAUAACAGCUAUUAGCCGGGCUGCUGUCACAGAUGAACUUCUGGUCCUUGACCCGGAGGGAGCCAUGUCUAUGGUGGUCCAGCAUACUCAUUAUAUGCCAAAAACAUGGCGUGGCAAAGAAAAUACCGAGAUGGUCCGCAUAGAGUUUGAAACACUGUUUCAGUAUACUGGAAUGAUGUUACUUGAGGAGAUGGCCUCAAUUUUCCUUACACCAUACUUGCUUUUAUUUGUUGUCCCGAAGCGAGUUGAUGAUAUUUUGCAGUUUAUCACAGAUUUCACGGUGCAUGUGGAAGGCGUUGGUCAUGUUUGCAGCUUUAGUGCCUUUGAUUUUCAAAAGCAUGGCAAUAGCAAUUAUGGAUCGCCUUACAAUGCAAGUCGCGCCGAGAGGAGUUCUCAGGGGAAAAUGGAGAAAUCAUUUUUGAGCUUCCAGAGUAGUUAUCCUUCAUGGGAACCAAAUGUGGAGGGAAAGCAGUUCAUUCUAAAUCUUCGAGCUUUCAGGGAGCAAAAUUUGCAGGGGCAGGUCUCCCGACCUGUGUAUUCUCCUCCGAGAAUCUGGCGAGGGAGCCCGAGUUUGAGAGGUCACGGAGACAGACUCAACAUGCUAUCCACAGAAAUGCCGCCACAAUAUAGCCCUGGAACCGGCUAUCAUUUGGGUUCUCUCUGGCUAACUGAUGCAGAUCAAAAGAAUCACCCCUAUCUUCUUGAUUGGUAUUACACCUCAUGGCAGCACCGUCGGACUACGUACCCAAGAGACAUUCCGGAGGAACCAACUGAAGCGACCGAGCAACAGUUUGGAGAUUACAUGAUUCCAUCCAACUCGACACAAAAUGAUGCAAGAUACAAAGAUUACUGGGGAGACCAACAUUAUGAUCAUCGCUCACAAUCAAAUCUCGGGGCCUCGACGUCAACCCCUUUCUUCAGGGAGAGUGUUCUUCAGAAUCAGGAAUUCGGCAAUCUGGCACACCCACCAGCACGGAGUCACUGGUGGGCAAGAAGUGGUCCAAAAGGUGCACACCCACAGGCCAGUUUUCUCGAGCCUCCUGAUUUCAACCGCCAGGCUUCCAACAAUUACCACGACAAUUUCUCGGAUAGAAGCUGCUCGGAGGAACAAGAGCAACACUUGGACUGGAGAAAUUCCGGCAAGUUGUCCCAUUCCAUUUAUAUGGACAACUUGGAUACCGGAGACUUUAACCUUCAUUUCGAUGAUGUUUAUAGCAAACCUCCAGAAACUCCCAGAGUAGAUCCGGAAGCCCCAAGCUUUGUAUGACCUUUUAAAUUUUAAUUUAUACGCUUCCCCUCUUCGGUUUUUUCAAGAGGUUGUUGCUCUUUAGGUACUUUGGUGGGUAUGUGCAUGGCAUGGGUUUCCUUUUGCAGUACUGGAUUUCAUGUUUAUAUUCUAUUCAUUUAGGAAACAGGAAACUCUUGGCAUUCUUUGCUGUAUAUAAAAUUCAUCAAUGCCUAUAAAUAGACUUUCAGCUUU